AUGCCAACCUACGUCUGCACCGUCGCAGCCGGGCGCCUAUCCCCCGAACACAAAAAAGCGAUCGCCAACAUCCUGACAACCGUCCACUCCGAGGAAGCACAUACACCCCGGCUAGUCGUGCAGGUCAUCUUCAACGAACUACCAGGCAAGAACAAGAACAACUACUUCAUCAACGAGGUCCCCGUCUCGGCGGACCAGGUCUGGAUCCGCGGCGACAUCCGUGUUCGGAGGACGGACGAGCAGAAGACGAGGAUGGUCCGAAGGAUUGUGGAUCUGGCGAGCCAGGCGUGUGGGAUUGAUAGGACGCAUUUCUGGGUGUAUUUGUGUGAUAUUGCCAAGAUGGCGGAGUUUGGGAGCGUGAUGCCUGAUGGUGGCGAUACCCAGGCUGAAGAGGCUUGGCUGAAGGCGCUGCCGGAGGAGGUGAAGGAGCGAUAUCACUUUAAUGAUAAGGCAUGA